UAUUUUUUUAUUUUUUUUGUGGUAGCCAAGGCAAAUACAGAAAUACUACAAUGACUUUUGAGGAAAGCUUAAUCUGCGUCUAUAAAAAGCCACGCUUCUGCUCUCUCUUUGCACAACAAUUAUAAUAAUUAACCCACCAUGGCUGGUUUUGCUUCUUCAUUUGGUUGUUUGCUUUUGAUUUCUUCGGUUCUGCUGGCUUCCUACCGUUGUGCGUCGGAGGUGGAACUAGACUAUUCGUCACUUCCUAUAGUGAAGGGACUCUCAUGGUCAUUUUACGACUCUAGCUGUCCUAAGCUUGAAUCCGUCGUCAGAAAAGAGCUCAAGAAGAUCUUCAAGAAAGACAUUGGCCAAGCCGCUGGCUUGCUGCGUCUCCAUUUCCAUGACUGCUUUGUUCAGGGAUGUGAUGCUUCGGUGUUGCUGGAUGGAUCAACCAGUGGUCCAAGUGAGCAGGACGCGCCUCCGAACUUGAGCUUGAGAGCAACGGCAUUUGAGAUCAUCGACGACCUUCGUGAGCGUGUCCACAAACAGUGCGGACAGGUCGUCUCUUGCGCUGACAUCACCGCUAUCGCUGCACGUGACUCUGUUUUCCUGUCAGGAGGUCCCGACUACAAUCUGCCAUUGGGAAGGAAGGAUGGACUAACCUUCGCUACAAGGGAGGUGACGUUAGCGAAUCUUCCGGCACCCUCAAGCAACGCCAGUGUCAUUCUCGACUCUUUGGCCACCAAAAAGUUGGAUGCCACCGACGUGGUAGCCCUCUCCGGUGGCCACACCAUCGGCAUUGGCCACUGCGCCGCUUUUAUUGAGCGGCUCUACCCAACUCAAGACCCUACCAUGGACAAAACGUUCGCCAAAGACCUCAAAAAAGAUGUUUGUCCCACGGAAAAUUCCAACGGCAGCACCGUGCUGGAUAUCCGGUCGCCCAACAAGUUCGAUAACAAGUACUAUGUUGACCUCAUGAAUCGCCAGGGCUUGUUCACCUCCGACCAAGACUUGUACACCGAUAAAAGGACAAAGGACAUUGUCACUAGCUUUGCUGUCGACGAGGAUCUCUUCUUCGAGCAAUUUGCCAAGUCGAUGAUUAAAAUGGGGCAAUUGAGCGUGCUGACGGGCAAGAAAGGGGAAAUUCGUGCCAAUUGCUCUGUGAGGAAUUCUGAUAAUAUCAAGUUGAAAUCUGUGGUGGAAGACGAGGAGGAAGGUGGUUCUUCUGAGUUGUAAUUAAGGGUGUUCCAUGUCUUUACCUGUUUGGUUUAUAUAUGAACAUGUCUCAACUUAUUUCAUGUUUUUUUUUUUUUUUCCUAAGAAGAUGAGUGGGGGAUGACUUGUUUAAUUAUUAUGUGUUUCAGACUUUGGAAGGAGUAUAUAUAUUGUUUGUCUAAUGUGAUAACUUUUUCUUUA